GAUCCUCCUCUCCGACUCGGACAAGCAAGGCACGCUGAGCCGGCGACGCGUCGAAAGGUGAAGGCAGUCGGCACCCCUACCCUACACAAACUACGCUGGGGGAUGAGGGAGACGGGAACCCGGGGCGACGCUUUUGGCAGAAGCAACGCCCGCCCAAAGCAAAAGCACCAACCUUUGCCGCUACUCCUACUCGAGUUCCCAAGCCAGCAAACCGCCCUUCCUUGCACAUCCCCGUCGAUCGCUGGCUGCAACCUAGAUAUAUGUAUAUAGCCUCCCGCCGGCCGGGGAUGGGCAGCGGCGGCGGCGUGGUUCCGACGUCCUGGCGCGCGCUGGCCGCGGCGGCUCUCGCGCUGUGGCUGUUGCCCGUGCUCCUGGCGCUGGCGCUCCUCUGGCUGCCGCUGCUCUGCUGCGCCGUCGCCGCCGUCCGCUUCCGCAGGGUCAGGAAGCAGCUGAGGACGACGUCGCGUGGCUGCGGCGGGCGAGGGGGAGUCGUACCGUGGCGGGAGGAGAUCAUCGCGGCCGACGACGACGCCGGCGACCGGACGCGGCUGCUGCACCGGUACCUCCGCGACCAGAUGGAGCUCGUCGUCGCCGGGGCCGACGCGGAGGAGCUCGUCGACGAGCUGCUUGUUGAUCAGUAACUAGUGCCAGAUAUUAGAGAAACUUUUGCUCUUUUUUUUUUCCAUUUCGGUUUGCGAUUUGUAGCUUGUAGGAUGUCACGUAGCUUCAUAGGAGCUGCCAGAUGCUGACCAGAGAAUUUGCUGGUGCCUGGUGGAGCGUCAGGAGCAGCUUCUAACUUCUUCAUCCUCAGACCUUGUUUCUUCUUUCCGCCCAACUGCCCAAGAUUACAGGUCGGGGAACAAAGAUGAGUUGUUGACUUGCAGGCAUGGAUCUUGGAUCGGAACAGUAUUGCUCUGGCUUCCUGUA